UACAAAUAUCCUAAAUCAAUUAAUUAAUUAGUAGAGGGGUCAAUUCGAAAGUGUACAUGUUUUAGCAUUAUUUAUUUAGGUGUUCAAUUUUAAUUUAAGCCUCUCCAUAAUAAUAAUAAUAAUAAUAAGAUUUCUUUCUAUUUAUCAAUAUAUAUCUAUACACAUAAAUUUAUGCUCUAUUCCAAUUUUUAUGGAUGCAUGGACCACAUCAUUGAAUCUCUCAUGCACCAAAAAGUAGUAGACAUAUAUAUUGGUGUAAAGUUUCAUAUAAAAUCUGAUAUUUAUCUUCUUUUGUAGUGUUAUAUAAUAUAUAUACAUAUAUAUAUAGAUUUAAAAUGCUUAAUUAUGAUUGGCCAUAGUGCUUGUGUAGAGAUGGAAAACUCAUCAGAAAAUAUUUCAUCAUCCAAUUCCAAACCAAUCAAUGUUCCACCAUUACCAAGAGACUCCCGGGGCUCCUUAGAGGUCUUCAACCCAUCCACUUUCUCAGCCACCGCAGCCGCCUCUGCCUCGGCCUCCACCCGCCCCACGAACCCGCCGUUUCGCCCCCAAUCCUCAUGGCACAACUGGGUCGACCCGCAUCCAAUUUCAGAGCCCGACCCAAUACCCAAACCCGCCCGAGGCGACGAAAUAAUCACUUCAUGGAUGGCUCUCAAGGACCCGGCGGCUCCGCCCUCACCGAACAUACAACCUUCACCGGCGCCGCCGCUUGCGGCGGCGACGGCAGCUGCUCCGAUCAUCCAACGAACAUUCUCGGCAAUCCUCAACGACAAAUCAGAGAGCUCCGGAAGCAAUAAGGAAGUCGGAGCAGUUGCGGCGCAGAGAGCCGCCGAGUGGGGUUUGGUGCUGAAGACCGAUUCCGAGACCGGGAAGCCGCAGGGUGUCGGCGUGAGGACUUCCGGCGGGGAUGAGCCGGCGAGCAGUAACGUACUGAAGGGUAAUUCUCGUCGGAGCUCGAAUAAUUCUGUUAGAACUUCCGGUGAAUCUUCCGACGACGGUGGAGGAGGGAAGGAGAGAGGGUUUCCGAGAGUGUCUGAGGAUUUGAAGGACGCGCUUUCGGCUUUUCAACAGACUUUUGUGGUUUCGGAUGCUACCAAACCCGAUUACCCGAUUCUUUAUGCUAGUGCCGGGUUUUUCAAGAUGACGGGUUACACUUCUAAAGAGGUUAUUGGUAGAAACUGUCGGUUCUUACAAGGGUCGGGUACUGACCCGGAAGAGUUGGCAAAGAUUAGAGAAUCAUUGGAAGCAGGAUCCAGUUAUUGUGGGCGGAUGUUAAAUUACAAGAAAGAUGGGACCCCUUUUUGGAAUUUAUUGACUAUUGCUCCAAUUAAGGAUGAGACUGGCAAAAUUCUCAAAUUUAUUGGGAUGCAAGUCGAAGUGAGUAAGCAUACAGAAGGGUCCAAAGAGAAAACUGUUCGUCCAAAUGGAUUACCAGAAUCUCUGAUUCGUUACGAUGCUCGUCAGAAAGAUAUGGCAAACAGUUCAGUAAACGAGCUAGUACAAGCAGUGAAGAGGCCGCGAGCACUGAGCGAAUCGAUGAGCCGCCCCUUCAGAAGAAAAUCAGGAGGAGGAGUAGGUAUUAUUAGUAAAAAUGAGGAGAAAGGAGAUCAUCAUGAUCAACAAGGUCUGUCAAGAAGAAAAUCAGAGAGUAGUACUAGUGCAGCUCCACCAAGGAGGAAUUCACAUGGUGGCUCUAGAAUAACGAUGCAGCGAAUUAGUGAACUCCCCGAAAAGAAGCACAAAAAAUCUAACCGCCGCUCUUUCAUGGGGAGGCUUAUUAGGAAAAGUCAAUCUGAUAAUGAGAAUGUUGAGGAUGAUAAUAUUGUUGUGGUGGAUAAUGUUGAGAGUGAUGAGGAUGAUGAUGAUGAUGAUGAAGAUGGAGAUGGACCUUUGGAUGUUGAAGUAAAGAAAAGGCAAAAGGAAAUGAGAAAGGGUAUUGAUCUUGCUACAACACUUGAACGUAUUGAGAAAAACUUUGUCAUUACUGAUCCAAGGCUGCCUGAUAAUCCCAUUAUUUUUGCUUCUGAUAGCUUCUUGGAGCUUACUGAAUACAGCAGAGAAGAAAUCUUGGGAAGAAAUUGCAGAUUUUUACAAGGACCUGAAACAGAUCCAGCAACAGUCAAAAAAAUAAGAGAUGCAAUUGACAAUCAAAAAGAUGUUACUGUACAACUCAUUAACUACACCAAAACUGGCAAGAAGUUCUGGAACUUAUUCCAUCUGCAGCCUAUGAGAGAUCAGAAGGGAGAAGUACAGUAUUUUAUUGGAGUACAACUAGAUGGGAGUCAACAUGUUGAGCCGCUUCGAAACUGUAUCCCGGAACAAACUGCAGAAGAGGGUAAAAAACUGAUCAAAGAAACUGCAGAAAAUGUUGAUGAUGCAGUGAGAGAACUUCCAGAUGCCAAUAUGAAACCUGAAGAUUUAUGGCUAAAUCAUUCAAAGUUGGUUCUUCCAAAGCCUCACAGAAAAGAUAGUCCUUCAUGGCAAGCUUUCCAAAAGAUUUUAGGUAAAGGAGAGCAGAUAGGAUUGAAACAUUUUAAGCCUAUAAAGCCUUUGGGAUCUGGUGAUACUGGCAGUGUACAUUUGGUAGAAUUGUGUGGAACUGGUCAACUUUUUGCCAUGAAAGCUAUGGAUAAGAGUGUGAUGCUUAAUCGAAAUAAGGUGCAUAGAGCUUGUGCAGAGAGAGAAAUUCUUGACAUGUUGGAUCACCCUUUUCUUCCAGCAUUAUAUGCUUCAUUUCAGACCAAAACUCAUAUUUGUCUAAUAACUGAUUAUUGCCCUGGUGGAGAACUCUUCAUGCUUUUGGAUAAGCAACCCACAAAAGUCAUAAAAGAAGAAGCUGUUAGAUUCUAUGCUGCUGAAGUAAUAACUGCCUUAGAGUACCUACACUGCCAAGGGAUAAUUUAUAGAGAUUUAAAGCCUGAAAAUGUUCUAAUCCAGGGUACUGGACAUGUUGCCUUAACCGAUUUCGAUUUGUCUUGUUUGACAUCUUGCAAACCACAGCUGUUAAUUCAAGAAACAUCUGAUAAGAAAAAGUCACAUAAAAAUCAACAGAAGCCAAUUUUCAUGGCCGAGCCAAUGCGAGCAUCAAAUUCUUUUGUUGGCACUGAAGAAUACAUAGCUCCGGAAAUUAUAACUGGGGCUGGCCAUACUAGUGCAGUUGAUUGGUGGGCUUUAGGCAUUCUUUUAUAUGAAAUGCUUUAUGGAUACACACCAUUCAGAGGAAAGACAAGACAAAAGACAUUCGCAAAUAUUCUUCACAAAGAUCUCAAAUUUCCAGGAAGUAUACCAGUAAGUCUACAAGCAAAACAAUUGAUGUAUCGGUUGUUGCAUAGAGAUCCGAAGAACAGAUUAGGUUCGAGGGAAGGUGCUAAUGAAAUUAAACGACAUCCUUUCUUUCGCGGUGUUAAUUGGGCUCUAGUUCGUUGCAUGAACCCUCCAAAGCUUGAGGCUCCUCUCUUCGAAACCACUGAAAAUGAAAAGGGAUCAGAUAAAGUACUAUUGGAUCCUCACUUAGAGGAUCUACAAAACAAUGUCUUUUAAUGGGUUAAUGAGCAGGUUGAAUUGGCAUGCAUGAGCUGGAUUUGUUGGAUUUUUUUUUUUCAAAAAAAAAAAAAGAAGAUUAGUGCUCUUAAUCUUUUUGGAUUAUUCUCUUUUGUUAAUAAGGGUUAUGCAGUAAAUGGUGUAAUUUGGUUUGUCUAAUAAAGAACAAGUGAACAACUAAGCCUGUAGGUGAGGCUUUCUCUUACAUAGUUUGUAUUUGUACUAGGAAAUUCAGGCUUUUCUUUUUGGUCUUUAAUCGCAAAGUUUGUUUUUGUAAUUUCUAUUAUUUUGUUGCAACUUUCCAAGUUUAUUUUAAUUUAUUAAUAUUUGUUGGGUUUUUUUAA